ACUACCCUUUCAUUUAUUUAUAUUUAGUAACUAAUUUACUUUUUUUAUUUACCAUCCAUAGCUAUACCAGUAACUUAGAGUUACUGGUACACAUACACGGUUAAAUACAAUUGGCAAGUUACCGUAUUAGACGCGCCCAUAUUCCCAUAUCCCAAUUUUAAUGGAUACAUCAUUAAUCAACUUGAUUUCUCUCAUUCUUCAUUAAUCUUCACCGUGUUUUGCUCCAUUAUCUCCUUCACGAUUUAACAUCAGCAAAAUAUUGUUCCGUAAUUUUUGGGGAAGGUGUAAUUCGGUAGAUUUUUUCUUCUAUUAGUGUAUUUUCUUCUAUUAGUCUUUUUCUUUUCUACCAAUUUCAAGCCAAUUGAAUUAUUAAAUUGUUAGGGUUUCAAGCAAAUUGAAGUAUCAAACUUAUACAUUAAUGGUAGACGGAACAAAAUCAAACAUGGUUACUCGAGGUUCGGCCGAAAGAGUGACUUCUGAAAGAAGGACGAAGAAUAUUCAUGAUCCUUCCCACAUGCAAAGACUUAAAAAAUCGGUAAUUACAAAAUCAACAAAGAAAAUAGAUACCGGAAAAGAGAUGAAAAGGAAAAAAGCCGUACAACCUGAAGCAGAAGCACAAGAAGAGUUUGACCCAGCGAUGAAGCAGGAUGAUAAAUUCUAUGUCCAAUAUCCUCCUAGUCAUGCAAUACGAUAUGCUUCGUACAUGAACCCGAAAAUUAAAAAAGAAUUGAAAGACAAGCUUACCGAUAGACAGUUUGAACUCUUUUCCGAGACUAUAUUUGGAAAAUACCUCCAGAUGCAGCACUGUGAAGUUCAACCACAGAUGUUCAGGUGUUUUAUGGUCAGAGAGCUGAAGAAAAGUACUCCCAAUGCUUUUGUUAUUGAUGUUAAUGGUUUUGAAUUGACAUUUAAUCUUUUUGAUUUUGCAUUAAUGACUGGGUUAAAGUGUUACGGUGAAGAAAUAGUUUUUCACACUAAGAAAAACAGACUUUUGGAUACAUAUUUUGGGGGUUUUCAAUAAAAGUGUGAAAAAGGGUGAACUGCUUGAAUGCUUCAUGGAUCAGAAUUGGGGCGUUGAUGAUGAUGCAAAU